CAACAGUCGCAGUCACACUCACACUUCGAGAGGGUCCAUUUAACGUUGCAGGCUUUUUGGGAUGUGGGUGGAAACCGGAGUGCCCACUCGGAGAAAAGCCACGCGGGCACGGGGAGAACAUGAAAACUCCACUAAACAGACCCACACCAAAAUCCGCAUCACUUCUUCAGACGCAGCAUCGAUCCGCCUGUCGAUCUCGCGUUCCAUUGAAGAUACUUGAACUCCUCGACAUACCGCUCGAAGUGUACGCGCUAUCCGGUCUUUUAAAAAAAAUGUUUAUAAUUCAUAUCAGUGGACAGAACCCACUCGACCGGUUGGCCGCGAUAGGACUCCCAUCAGCACUUUAUUGUGAAAAGUUAGCAAGGCUUUUACAUCGACAGGGAGUUUCCGGCCGUCGCGUGAGGUCACAUCUUGACAUCGCACAAACGAGUUCAGGCUAGCGGGACACUCCCCCGGCCUCGUCCCGUCGCAACAUCGCCGUCUCGGGCGUCCUCCCCAGCGCCAGCGCCAGCGCCAGCGGAGCCGAAACCCAAGCCGAAGCCGCGUCCGCUUGUUUUGCUUCUCUCAAACGUUCGACGAAGUCGUUAUCCGGCUUGCUAGCCAGCCAGCCGGUCGGCCCGCGGACGACGACGUUUUUCGCUCGGCGCCGCUGCCUUUUGGGUCCCUGACCGGCUCCGGCUCCGGCUCCGGCUAUGGCAGCGGGGCGUUCGCCGACUGCGCCUCCCCGUCUCCCCGUCGUCCUGCUCCUCGCGCUCGCUUCGGUGCGCCGCGGGAGCGCGUUCAACUUGGACGCCGAGCGACCGUCGGUGUUCGACGGCCCGUCGGGGAGCUACUUCGGCUUCUCGGUGGACUUCUUCAAAGCUCCCAACGAUCAACAGUCAGGCGUCCUGGUCGGAGCCCCACGGGCCAACACGUCCGGCGACGUGGUGGAGCGCGGGGCCGUCUACAGCUGCGCCUGGAGCGGCUCGGGCGGAUGUCGCCAGCUUCUCUUUGACUCCUCAGGUGACAGGAAGAACGCAGACGGUGCGCAGAUGGAGUUCAAAAGCAAGCAGUGGUUCGGCGCCUCCGUGCGCUCGGACGGCGAGCAUAUCCUGGCGUGCGCACCGCUCUACCAGUGGUCCACGUUCGGCGUAUCGGAGCGCGAGCCCGUGGGAACGUGUUUCCUGAAGAAAGGUGGCACGGUGGUGGAAUAUUCUCCCUGCCGAUCCGGCACCAACACUCCGGAGGGUCAAGGCUUCUGCCAGGCGGGCUUCAGCGCCGACUUCCUCAAGAGGGACAAGCGAGUGGUGGUGGGAGGACCGGGAAGUUUCUACUGGCAAGGUCAGCUGAUAUCUGACGACGUGUCGGAAAUCUUUGCCCGAUUCGACGGCAGCUACAUCAGCCCGUACGGAAACACGCUGGCCACCAAGCCGGCCAGCGCCCAGUACGACGACAGCUACCUCGGAUACUCGCUGACGGUCGGCGACUUCAACGAUGACGGCAAAGAAGAUUACGUGACGGGCGUGCCGCGGGGCGACAAGGCUCUGGGUUACGUGAACAUUUUCAACGGCCUCAACAUGGAGUCCAUGGUCAACAUUACGGGAAGUCAGAUGGCCGCAUACUUUGGCCACUCGGUCGCCGUCAGCGACGUCAACCAGGAUGGUUUGAUGGAUGUGCUGGUGGGCGCUCCCCUCUUCAUGGACCGAGGGUCUGACGGAAAGCUGAGGGAGGUCGGACAGGUGUGCGUGUUCUUGGGUCGCGGAGGGUUCUCCUUCCAGCCGCCGCUGAUGCUCACCGGCUCCGAAGUGUACGCCCGCUACGGCUCGUCGGUCGCGGCGCUGGGAGAUCUGGACAUGGAUGGAUACAAUGACGUUGCCGUCUCCGCCCCCUACGGUGGUCCUGAGCGCCUGGGCCAGGUGUACGUCCACAAUGGCGGUCCUCACGGACCCUCGCUCACGCAUUCGCAGGUCCUGCGGGGCAAAUGGGCAUCCAGCUACAUGCCCGCCAGCUUUGGCUACUCCAUGACGGGAAACACAGACAUAGACCGCAACGGCUAUCCGGAUUUACUAGUUGGAGUGUUUGGAGCUGACAAGGCAGUUUUGUACAGAGCGCGGCCAGUCAUCGGCGUGAACGCCACGCUGGACGUCAGCCCUCAAAUCAUCAACCCGGAGGAGAAGAACUGCUCUCUUCCGCCGGCGUCCGGCACGUUUGUGUCCUGCUUCAAGGUCAAGUACUGCCUGAAGGCGAGCGGCCGAGGAGCGCCUUCCUCCCUCACGUUCCGCGUGGACGUUCUUCUGGACCGGCUGAAGCAGAAGGAAGCCGCCAAGCGAGUUCUCUUCCUGCACGGACGAAGCGUCAACUACGCCAAGAACGUCACACUGAGCAAUGGCGGAGGCCCGGCGUGCGAGGAACAGCACGUCUUUCUAAGGGACGACCGCGACUUCCGCGACAAGAUCACUCCGAUCUCGGUGGUCCUCGAGUACACGUUGGACUACCAGCGCGCCAAAGACGAGAACGGACUCCUGCCCGUUCUCGACGUGGCGGCGCCACCCAACGUCACCAGACAGGCUCACAUCCUGCUGGACUGCGGCGACGACAAUAUCUGCACACCUGACCUGAGGCUCUCGGUCCAGAGCGACCGCUCCGAGAUGGCCAUAGGCGACGACAACGCGGUGACGCUGGAGAUCAGCGCGGAGAACCGCGGCGAGGGCGCCUACGAAGCCGAGCUGCACGUAUUUCCGCCGCAGCAGGCCGACUUCACCGGCGUGGUGCGCAGUCAGACGCUGAGCCGGCUGUCGUGCGCCUACAAAAAGGAGAACCAAACCAAGAUGGUGGUGUGCGACCUUGGGAACCCCAUGAAGGGCGGAACCAAGGUGCUGGCAGAGCUGCGCUUCAGCGUCCAUCAGCUGUCGGAGGAUGACACCGAGGUCCGCUUUGACCUGCAGAUGGUCAGGUCAGACGCCGCGCGCCACAAAAUGAGCAAUCAGCAGGUUGGCGACUUCAGCAGAUGUUGUGUGUGUGUGUGUGUGUGUGUGUGUGUGUGUGUGUGUGUGUCCCGCACGCAUCCUUUCAGCUCCAACCAGUUCAACAGCACCAGCACCAGAGUGUCCAGCAUCACCAAACUUACUGUUGUAGCGCAAGUGUCCAUACGAGGCACGUCGUCUCCCGGUCAGCUUUUGCUUCCCAUCGCCAACUGGCAGCCCAAAUCUCCUCCCCUCACCGGAGACGACAUCGGACCACAAAUAUUGCAUGUCUAUGAGCUGCUGAACAGCGGUCCGAGCACGCUGAGUCAAGCGUCCAUGGAGGUGGAGUGGCCCUACGGCUACAAGAACGCGUCGCUGCUUUACAUCACGCACUUCGACACGGAGGGGCCCGUCAACUGCUCCACGGACGUCAAACUCAACACCCUCAACAUCAGCUUUGAGAGUCCUGCGGCGGUGUCGUCCUCCGUGUUGAAAAACGUCAGCGGAGACGGACAGACGGAAGGCCGCGAGCGCCACCUCGUGCGCAAGAGAGACUUGGAGACUCGAGACCAAGACCUCGUCACGCUGGACUGCAGCGGGGCAGCGUGCGUCAAGCUGCGCUGUCAGGUCGGUCGUCUGGAGAGGAAGAAGAACGCCAUCGUCUUUAUCUACUCCAGGCUGGACGUGAACAACUUCCUCCGAGCCGAGAAUGAGAACCGGUCGUACGUGAUGGAGUCGAGCGCCUCGUUCAACGUCAUCCAGAUGCCGUACAAGAACAUUCCAGCCACGCUGGCGUCCGGCAGCACCACCGUGAGCGUGUCGGCGCUGUGGGUGGCGGACGCCCCUCAGCCGGUGCCGGGCUGGGUGGUGGCGCUGGCCGUGCUGGCCGGUUUGCUGCUGCUCGCGCUGCUCAUAUUCGUCAUGUACAAGCUGGGCUUCUUUAAGCGAGUGCGGCCCCCGCAGGACGAUUGUCUGGAGAAGGAGCAGCUGCAGCCCGAGGAGAACGGAAACGCCGACACCUAGAGCUGGCCUUAGCCCGGGGCAACGCAAAGGCACACAUAUGAGCGCUAGCACGGGCUCUUUGCACUUUGUUGCCAUCCGCACAAACUUUAACAGACAACGAGAACAAAUCCAGCCUGUUUCCCUGCUAACCUGAUGCUUAGCUAGCUGUUGAAGCCAAAAAGUACAGCAAGUGGCUCCUCAAGACGCUAGCUAACAUCUGUUUGUUUAUGUCUCUUUUGGCUCCAGUGUUUUUGUGGGUUUAACACUUUUUUUUUUUUUUAAUUAAAAUAUGAUCUCGCUAGCUAGCAGACAUACACUGGCUCACAAAAAAGCUAGCUCACGAGGCUAAUGGCUUCCCUUGACUCACCGCUUAAGUUCACAGAUGUUCACUCACAGCAACAACAUGCUACUUCCUGUUAAUAUUUGUCUUUUUCCUCCACUUGCAAAUUUGUUUGGUGUACUGAAUUUGGUGGCGUGAAAACGUGCGAAAUUACGGACGACUGUUGCGGCUACGCUAACUCAAUCACUAGCUCAGAUUGUCUGGUUUACUUUUUUAAAAAAAAAAUUUUUGAUGCUGAAAUCUUUUGCCAUCUGACAUGAAAAAUAAAUUCUGUAGUCAUUUU